AUGCCCGCCGCAAUAUCAACACCUCAUCCCUCCCUCGCCCUCACAUACAACGAACGAUCCGAGCUAUCCAACAACACCCCACUCGCGAGCUACCUCCUCCGCCUCGCCCAUCUCAAGCGCACCAAUCUCUGCGUGUCCGCCGAUGUCACUACCACGGCCGAGCUCCUCAGCAUAGCGGAAGAUGUUGGCGAACACAUUUGCGUGCUCAAGACGCAUGCGGACAUUAUCAGUGACUUUGGGGAGAGGACGAUUCGUGGGUUGAACGAGAUCUCACGGCGGAAGAAGUUUCUUGUGUUUGAGGAUCGCAAGUUUGGAGACAUUGGAAACACGGUACAACAGCAAUAUGUCGGGGGACCACUGACCAUUGUCCGGUGGGCACCUAUCGUCAACUGCCACAUUUUCCCCGGCCCAGCCAUCAUCACCGCCCUCUCCCAAGCAGCACAAACUGCUAUCCGCGCCCACAACACCUCCGUACAAACCGACAUUCGCGCCUCGCCCGCCGCAUCCGUAGCCGGGGAUUGGCAAGAUGAUCACGAGGAGGACGAGGAAUCGGAAGACGAACAAGCCGACUCCAGCGAACCCGACUCCGACCCUGAAAUCACCUUCGACCGCAACGCCCGUAAACCUUCCGUUGUCUCCGUCUCCACCACAAUCAGCAUGAAAUCCGAAGCCAUCAGCCCGCAACCUCACCACCGACCUUCAAUCCCUCGUGUCGCCUCCGACGACUCCGAAGAUGAAGGAGACGACCCUGAAACUCUCGACCAUCUCGGUCCACCUCCAUACUUCCGCUCUCUCCUACUACUCGCGCAAAUGUCUUCGGCCAACAACUUCUUUACACCAGAAUACACAACCGCCUGUCUACACCACGCGAGGGAGAACAAGGACUUUGUCAUGGGCUUCAUUGCGCAAAAAGGGAUGAAUGAAGGGUCGGAGGACAAUUUCAUCACGAUGACACCGGGUGUGCAACUGCAAGCGGGAGGUGAUGGUAUGGGUCAGCAGUACAACACUCCGGCCAAGGUGGUGGGCGAAGGUGGCACCGAUAUCAUCAUUGUCGGGAGAGGUAUCUAUGGAGCGAAGGAUCGCAGGGCGGCGGCGUUGGAGUACAGGAAGCAGGGAUGGCUGGCGUACCGGGAAAGGGUCAAGGCGGCGAGGAAGGUGUUGAAGAGGUAAGAGAUGGGAGAGAAUUGGACUCGAGUCCGAGGGAAGGUUGUCAAGUGCGAACGCGUUCUGAGCGGGCAUUUUCAUUUCAUGCGAGGUUGCAUUCAGUGAGAGGGAGUCUUAUGAUCGAAGUCGCUCAAGAGAAAGAGAAGGAUGCAGGAAUUCAUCGCAAGGUCAAGAGCAAAACAGGAGCAAGACUAGCUAGCUAAUGAAGGCAAAGAGUCCACGGCGAUCGGCUACGUCGCUGGGAAUCGACGUCUGGGCAGCCAAACAUGUCGAAAGCAUGACAGGAACUCUCACGGUCAGAAGUGCAGAAAAGCGAAGAAAUUAUCAGACGACAGAUCCGAAAAUGAGAACGAAUUCG